AUGGCGGCCUUGGCGCCUGGAGGCUGUGCGCGGAACGAUGCAGUCGAGAAGCUGCCAUCUGUCAUGGAGGGAAUUCCAGCGCGGAGGAGCCAGUUCUCUCCGCCCCCUGCUUCAGCCCCCUGCCUCCGUCGACGGACGCGACUCCCGGCAGCGCCCGAGGACACAGUGCAGAACCGGGUGUCACUGGAGAAGGUGCUUGGCAUCACAGCCCAGAACAGCAAUGGCCUAACCUGUGAUCCCAGCACAGGCCAUGUGGCCUACCUAGCAGGCUGUGUGGUGGUGAUCUUGGACCCCAAGGAGAACAAGCAGCAGCACAUUUUUAAUACUGCCAGGAAGUCUCUGAGUUCUCUGGCCUUCUCCCCUGAUGGGAAGUACAUAGUGACGGGGGAGAAUGGGCACAGGCCUACUGUGCGAAUCUGGGAUGUGGAUGAGAAGAGUCAGGUGGCGGAGAUGUUGGGCCACAAGUGCGGCGUGGCCUGUGUGGCCUUCUCCCCUGAUAUGAAGCACAUUGUAUCCAUGGGCUCCCAGCACGACAUGGUACUCAACGUCUGGGACUGGAAGAAAGAUGUUGUGGUGGCCUCCAACAAAGUAUCAUGCAGGGUCAUCGCCCUCUCUUUCUCAGAGGACAGCAGCUAUUUUGUCACAGUUGGUAACCGGCAUGUGAGGUUCUGGUUCUUGGAAGUGUCCACUGAAGCAAAGGUGACAGGAACAGUGCCUCUUAUAGGGCGCUCAGGUAUCCUGGGUGAGCUGCACAACAAUGUCUUCUGUGGUGUGGCUUGUGGCCGGGGCCAAACGGCAGGCAAUACCUUCUGUGUGUCCUACUCGGGUCUCCUCUGCCAGUUCAAUGAAAAGAGGGUACUGGAGAAGUGGAUCAAUCUGAAGGUCUCUCUCUCAUCCUGCCUCUGUGUCAGUCAGGAGCUCAUCUUCUGCGGCUGCACAGAUGGGAUAGUUCGCAUCUUCCAGGCCCACAGCCUACACUACCUUGCCAACCUGCCCAAGCCACACUACCUUGGUGUUGAUGUGGCCCAGGGCCUGGAACCCAGCUUUCUCUUCUGCAGGAAGGCAGAUGCAGUCUUCCCAGAUACAGUGGCGCUGACCUUUGACCCCAUCCACCAGUGGCUGUCCUGCGUGUAUAAGGACCACAGCAUCUAUGUCUGGGAUGUCAAAGACAUCAACAAAGUAGGCAAGAUGUGGUCGGAGCUCUUCCACAGCUCCUAUGUCUGGAACGUGGAGGUGUAUCCUGAGCUUGAAGAUCAGAGAGGUUGUCUACCAUCAGGAUCUUUUCUGACUUGUUCUUCAGACAACACCAUUCGCUUCUGGAACAUGGAGAGCAGCCCUGACUCUCCCUGGCAGAAAAACAUCUUCAGUAAUACGCUACUGAAGGUAGUGUACGUAGAGAAUGACAUUCAGCAUCUGCAGGAUAUGUCACACUUCCCAGACCGGGGGAAUGAGAAUGGGACAUCUAUGGAAGUGAAAGCCGGGGUACGAGUCAUGCAAGUCAGUCCUGAUGGCCAACACUUGGCUUCCGGUGAUCGAAGUGGAAAUCUGAGGAUCCAUGAGCUGCACUUCAUGGAUGAGCUGGUCAAGAUGGAGGCCCACGAUGCUGAGGUGCUAUGCCUGGAGUACUCCAAGCCUGAGAUGGGGUUGACCUUGCUGGCCUCAGCUAGUCGGGAUCGACUGAUUCAUGUGCUGAAUGUGGAGAAGAACUACAACCUGGAGCAGACACUGGACGACCAUUCCUCCUCCAUCACAGCCAUCAAAUUUGCAGGCAACAGAGACAUCCAGAUGAUCAGCUGUGGGGCUGACAAGAGCAUCUACUUUCGCAGUGCCCAGCAGGGCUCGGAUGGGCUCCACUUUGUCCGUACCCACCACGUGGCAGAGAAGACCACCUUGUAUGACAUGGACAUUGACAUUACCCAGAAGUAUGUGGCUGUGGCCUGCCAGGACCGCCAUGUGAGAGUCUACAACACCAUAAAUGGAAAGCAGAAGAAAUGCUACAAGGGCUCCCAAGGUGAUGAAGGGUCCCUGCUGAAGGUCCAUGUGGACCCCUCAGGCACCUUCUUAGCCACAAGCUGCUCUGACAAAAGCAUCUCAGUGAUUGACUUUUACUCGGGCGAGUGCAUUGCCAAGAUGUUUGGCCAUUCUGAAAUCGUCACCGGCAUGAAGUUCACCUAUGACUGUCGUCACUUGAUCACAGUAUCUGGAGACAGCUGUGUGUUCAUCUGGCACCUGGGCCAAGAGAUCACCAACUGCAUGAAGCAGCACUUGCUGGAAAUUGAACAUCAGGAGCAGCAGCAGCAGAACACAAAGGAUGGGAAGUGGAGCAGCCACCCCAGGCGGGAGACAUAUAUAUCCAGCAAGAUUUGUUCCCUAAGCCCUGGAGAGCAGACAGAGGAUGAGCUGGAGGAAGAGUAUGAACCUGAAAAGUUGCUGAAGACACCAUCCAAAGAGAGUUUGGAUCCAGACCCUCGGUGCCUGCUGACCAAUGGCAAGCUGCCACUCUGGGCAAAGCGGCUGCUAGGAGAGGACAAUGUGGUGGAUGGCUCUGCAUUCCGCGCCAAGCGCAGCUACCAGCCACAUGGUCGCUGGGCAGAGCGGGCUGACCAGGAACCCCUCAAGACCAUCCUGGUCCAUGACAUGGAUUGCUUCUUUACCCCCAUGAAGUCUGACAGCCUGGACGACUCCAUCCUGGACACACUGGAGCCACAGAACCUGGCAGGCCUGCUGAGUGAGUCAGAGAAUCCUCAGGAAGAUGGCUGUAGGAAUCCCUCCUUCCUGCCCCUACAGAGGGAGUCUUCUGAAGCCAGAGAGGUCAGCAUCUCCCUAGAGGCGGAAGUGCCAGUCCCAGGGACAGACAGGGAGCCUUUGGAGGAGGCAGGAGAGGGGGAACCUGAAGACCAGCAAGAUGACUUCUACCUUGGGGUCUCCUCCAUGGGCUCGAAGGAUCAGAGCAAACUUGAGGACUCAGGGGAUUCAGAGGCCUUCUUGGAACAUACCUUCCCCACCAUCCCUUCCUCCCUUCCACACCUGGACCCAGACCCUUAGUUUGACAUGAUAAUUACCACCCUCCCCCAAUGCCCAGGAACUACAGAAGAGUUGUCCCAGCCUGAGGUACCAGACAUAUCCAAUGGCUCCCUGCCCCAGACACCUGAGCAAGAGAAGUUUCUCCGGCACCACUUUGAGACACUUACUGACGCCCACCCUGAGGAGCUCUUUCACAGAUCCCUAAGAGAUGUGACAGCCUCUGAGGAUGAGGACUUUCUAAAUCCCCGGCUGAGCAUGUCAGCCCAGUUUCACUCACGCUUCCAGAAGACAUCCAGGCUCAACCACACCUUCCCUUCCCGGCUGCCCUUGAACCUCCUGAAGUCCCCAGAGGUCAAAGUGAUGGACCUCGGGGGAAACCAGCCCAGAGCAGAGCCUCUGAGAGCAGGUACUAGCUACGCCUUCCCAGACAGGACCAACGUCCUCCCUGGGGGAAAGGCUAAGGAGACUCUUGACACCCUGGAGGCCUGGUGCCCACUGACCCCCUGCCUCACAGGCCUGCCUUCCUGCAUCCCUUCUUUCUCAAUGCUGCCCACAGACAGGAAGCCUCUGAGGCCCACAGCCCUACUCAUUCCAGGCCUCCACAGCUCCUCUACCUGCUCCCACAUGGAGGCUGCUGCCAGCUCCUAUGCAAAGAUGUCACACAGCAUCUCCCUUGAGGACAUUGAGGACCCUGUCCUGGCUGAAUUGACCAGACCCCUCUGCAGGCCGUCAUCCAUGGGGGAGCUGGCCUCCCUGGACCAGGAGCUUCAGUCCAUCAUCACCACUACAGCAGCACCCAGUUCUGACAGCAAGGGCCAAGAGCCUGCCCUGACUUCCCAGGGCAACCAUGAAGCCCAGGCCAGCCUCAAACAGACCCUGUCAGGCGUCUGUGACAGGCUCUUAGUGCCCCCACCCCCACAGGAGUCAACUACUACUUGUGUCUGGUCCCAGGAACCUGUGGCCACCCAGCCUGAUGUCACAGUUACAAGAGCUAGCUUCCCAGCUCCCAUAGAUGUGAGCUCCCUGAGGCUCCACAACUCCACCUUUCUCCCAAGGCUUCUGGCCCCUGGGUCCCUCAACACCCCUGCCCACACCGACCGACCCUCACUUCCAGAGGCCAUGUCUGGGGGCCCUGGCAGCAUCACAUCCCUCCUGGAGCUCACCCCUGAUGCGCUCAAUGUAGUCCAGGACAGCCGUGGACACUGGGGGGAGCCUGGGGUGCCAGCUAGAGUCCUCUCCCCGGUUCCCUUUGAGCUGAUCAGGGUGGGGACCAUCGUGCACAAACUGCAGACUGCCUUCCAAGAAGCCCUGGACCUUUACCACCUGAUGGUUUCCAGUGGCCAGUUGAAUACCAAGCAGCAGCAGGCACGGACUGAGCUGGCCUCCACCUUCCUUUGGAUCCACAGCCAGUUAGAGGCCAACGGCUGGCUGGUUGGGAGUGAUGCGGCCCCAGCCCAGGCCCUGGCCAGCCCAGGUCCUCCCUCCCCACCUACAUUGUGCCCUCUGGCUAGCCCAGACUUGCGUGCCCUGCUGGAACAUUACUCGGAGCUCCUGGUGCAGGCCGUGCGGAGGAGGGCACAGGAGGACUGA